AUUGUUUCUAGAAAACAAGGCAAAAUUUCUUCUUGGUACAAACGUGAGUGCGUUUGUGUGAUCUUGAAACGCAGUUACCGAGCAAUUUCCAUUUUAAUGAGAAAUUGCGCAGAAGCAGAUGGCAGGGGGUUCAAAUUCAAAGAGGCAUCCUGUCAAUAGGGGCACUGAUUCCAUAAACACACAGGGUAUAAUUGAAGGGAAUAAUCUGCAACCACAUACGCAAGUGCAAGAACGUGUUACUGUUUUCGACCAACAUUUCUAUGAUGGAAUCCCAUGCUUUGCCGAUGUUUGCUUUCUCCAUAAGUCAAGCUCAAUCUCAAAGGUCUCAGAGAUGAGUUUACUCUUGAGCAGAGCUGGCACUAUUGGAUGUGGAAAGGUUUUGGAUACCAUUGGGAGCAGCAUCACAAAUUUAAAUGCUGGUAGUGGGUUUGCUUCUGGAGCUGCAAUUAAGGGGAAUGGAAUUUCUAUUUUGGCAUUCGAGGUUGCAAACACAAUUGUCAAAGGUUUUAAUCUUCUGGGAUCUCUAUCCGCAGAAAGUGUUAGGAAUUUAAAAGAAAAGGUGCUUCUUUCAGAUGGUGUGCAAAAUUUAAUAUCAGAAGAUAUGAAUGAACUUCUUAGGAUUGUUGCAGCAGACAAGAGGAAGGAGUUGAAAGUUUUUUCUAAUGAGGUGAUUCGUUUUGGAAAUCGUUCGAAGGAUCCUCAGUGGCACAAUUUAGAUCGUUACUUAGAAAAAACUAGCGGACAAUUAAAGACCGAAAGACUAUCAAGAGACGAGGCAGAAUCAAUAAUGCAACGAUUGAUGACUUUGGUUGAUUUUACAUUUAAAUUGUACCAUGAGUUAGAUGCUUGGGAUAAACUUCAACAACAUUUUCAGCGUGAUGAUGAUCUUGCAGUCUUGAGCGCGGAAAAUAAAAGCCGAAAAAAGAAGCAAAUUAAUCACUUAAAGAAAAAAUCACUCUGGUCUAGAAAUUUGGAGGAGGUAACAUCAGAUUUCUUCUCUGCAAAAUUAUGUUUAAAUUGUCGCUCAAUGUUGUCCUCCUUGUUUGUUUUAUCCUCAAUUAGAUUUUCAUCGUUUCCGAUUCACGUAUAAUCAAAUAUACUGUAUAGAAAUUAUUUUUAUUUAUAAAUGUGGGUUCAUCUUGUGGAUAUUAUAAAUAGAGAACCUGUAAAAGUUGAAUAUGAUUCAAAUCUGAUG